CCACCUUCAACCACCUUCAACCAUGCUGCUGCUCCUGUUGCUGCUGUCUUCCACAGCUGACAGCUCAGCUGAGCGCGUCGUGGGCCAGCAGAGGAACGGGUCAUGCAUGUGUGCGGUGAACGCCAGCGUGUGGUUGUUCCCUGCCACCAGGUACGGGGCUGUGAUGGAUCUGGUUCAGCACUGCGAGGACUCCAGGAACAGCCUGCAGGCUCAGGUUACCUUGUCCAGCCAGCGCCUCCCUGAGUUCUGGGCUGCAGUGCAGAACCUGACGGCCCGGCUGGAGCCCUUCCGCUACCUGAAUGAGAAGGGCCUGUACUCUGCGCUGGCUCUGCAGCAGGUGGUCGAGGAGCUCAGAGAGCUGGAGACAGACAUCACCGCCAUCCAUGCUGAGAAAAAAACAGCUCGAACACUGAAACUCACCAAGGAGGUGACUAAGGUGCGUCGAGAUAUCGAGAGGAUGGAAACAUCCAACACCGUCAACAUGAAGAUCGUUAAAGAGAAACUGCGCGCUCUGAAGAACACGGCGCAGUCCUGCAGGUCGAUCCCCAGGAACUCUCCAGGCCAGUGCUAUAAGGGCCUGAUCACCAGCAUCAGCAGCCCUGUGGUGACCAGGGUCAGUCCCUACGGUAAGAGCUACAUCUCCGGCGCCUGGGGUCGGCAGGCCCAGCAGGACAGUCCCAUAGAGACCAACAGCUACUGGGUUCAGCCUCUGGUCAGCAGCCACGCCUGGGGCAACACCCUGCGGGUCUACCCGUCCUACGAUGACUUCAUGACUGCCACCAACGCACGAGACUUUAAUUUUGCACCAUCCGCCACCCAUACCAACUCCAUUGAGGGCCCUGGUGCAGUGCUGUACGGUGACGGGCUCUACUAUCACUGCUACCGCUCUGCCGAAAUCUGCCGCUACAACCUGACCGACAACAGCAUCACACGAGUGACGCUGCCGGGCACCGGGGUGGGCUUCAACAACAAAUUCCCCUACUGUUACUAUGACUGCCGUGCAUACAGCGACAUCGAUGUGGAAGUAGAUGAGACCGGGCUGUGGGCCAUCUACGCUACGGUUGGUAACCACGGCAACCUCGUGGUGAGCAAGCUGAGCUGGGACGGCGAGGCGUUCAACGUCUCCCAGACCUGGGAGACCCAGGUGUUCAAAAAGGCGGUGACCAACGCCUUCAUGGUGUGCGGCGUGCUGUACGCCACGCGCUACGUGGACGACUUCCGCGAGGAGGUGUUCUACGCCUUCGACACUGCCACGGGACAGGACGACAACUCGCUGGCGCUGCCGCUGGAGAAGGUGGCAAAGGGCGUGGCCAGUCUGAGCUACAACCCCGCCGACAAGCGGCUCUACAUGUACAACGAUGCGUAUUUGUUGGCGUAUCAGGCGUCGUUCAGGUCUAAGUACACAUAAAACACAGACGGACAGACAUUAUGUAUAGGUUUAUUUUACACAGAUUUCAGUCUGACUGAAUAUUUUACUCUCUCUUGUUUGAUGUGGAAAAGACAGUUAAUGUAAUAAGAUUUAGUUAGCACUCAAAAUUAUUACAUUAUCAGCAAAAAAUGCCACUAACCAAAUAUUAAUGUGAGCUGGCGGACACAACAUACUUCAAUUUGACUGUCAAAGAAAGAUAUUAUUAAAAGAGGGAGAACAAAGGAAAAAAAUGCUAAAGCAAUAAGCAACGCCAAAUCAGCUCAGCGAUUACCAAAAGUAAUCAUGAAAUCAUGUCUGUGUUGCUGACUGACUGACUGACUGAUUCACUGCCUCAAUGCUGGACUUCAUUUAUUAUUUCAUGUGGGCCAAAAUCUAUAUACUUCAGCUAAGGCUAUGUGUUGAUUUAUUUUGAUC